GCCGACUGUCCAGGAGUGUUUGGUCGCCUGGCAACAGCAGGUGGCUGCUGAAGAACUUGACGUUGGCGAAAUUUACCAAACCUGAGUCCCGGCUCAUCCCGCGACCGAAAGUUGGGCAUAAAACAAUACCUAAACCUGCUUCUCAACAUGACAUCAGAACACAGCUAUUGCUGAGAGUUUGACUUAUAGCGAAAUCAUGGUUCGACUGACGUUGGAUCUAGUUGCCAAAAACAGCAACCUUAAACCAAGAAAAGAAGAAACCACUUUACAAUACCUGAAGAAAAUAACACACAUAAAUUUUUCAGACAGAAAUAUAGAUGGAAUUGAAGACCUCUCUCUUUGCAAAAAUCUCAGUGUUUUAUAUUUGUAUGAUAAUCGUAUUAGUCAAAUUACUAACUUGAAUUUUGCCACAAAUUUGACUCACCUGUACCUACAAAACAAUUGUAUUUCAUGUAUAGAGAACCUCGGAUCAUUAAAGAAAUUAGAAAAACUGUAUCUGGGAGGCAAUUCCAUUACUGUCAUAGAAGGUUUAGAAGGAUUAGAAGGACUAAGAGAACUUCAUGUUGAAAGUCAGAGGCUUCCCCUUGGAGAAAAGCUUCUGUUUGAUCCAAGAACUCUUCAUUCCCUGGCAAAAUCUCUCUCUAUAUUGAAUAUCAGCAACAAUAAUAUUGAUGACAUAAGAGACUUAGAAAUACUGGAGAAUAUUAAUCAGCUCAUCGCAGUUGACAACCAGCUUCUGCAUGUGAAGGAUUUGGAAUAUUUACUGACCAAGUUGAUGAAGUUGUGGAAAAUGGAUCUAAACGGAAAUCCUGUUUGUCUCCAACCAAAAUACAGAGACAGAUUGAUAUUGGUCUCCAAAUCACUGGAAUUUCUUGAUGGAAAAGAAAUUAAAAACAUGGAAAGACAAUUUCUAAUAAAUUGGAAAGCAUCCAAAGAUGCCAAGAAAAUCAGCAAAAAAAAGAAUAAUAAAAAAGAGGAUGCAAGUAACUCAUUUACAUGUAACUUUGAAACAAUGCAUCACAUAGUUCCUGUUUAUUACCCACAGGUGGGUAAGCCAAAAUUAGUCUUUUUCUCCGAUGCACAGAGAUAUCUUUCUAAUGAAAAUGCAUCUCCAGAAAGCUCCCAAGAUGAUUACCCUAAAAUUAUUGAAGAGGCCGGGAAUCUCUCUUUGAAGGAAUCUGAAAAAAUCUGAAAGGUUGUGACAAAAAAUAAUGUAUAUGAACCUGUCUCCAUAACCCAAAAGUAAAAGAAAAUUUGUCACAAAUGAGUCAUCUCAGCCUUAAGAAGUCUGAAACGUUUGAUUUUUUCACCCUUAUCGAACUAGGCAACAUCAUCUUUUAUGGUCUGUAUCUUUUAUGGUAUCUGUGUUCAUUAUAUGAGAAAAACCUUUAAGUUCUUGUUUGAUUUGCUUCUUCAGUCUGAAACAUUGCUUUCCAAUUGCUUUAUUCAUUACAUAUUAUUUACUGGGAAAAAUAAAGAUGUGCUAUUUCAUUCAUUAGAAAGUAAACUGUUUUCGAAUCAA